CUCAAAGCUGAGAGGCAUUUUCGAACGACUUUUUCACAUUCACUUCUGCAUUAUCAGCAUUCUACAUACUUGGUUAGUUCCUCCUUGUUUUAUAGCGACUUUUGCCCCACACCCAAUUUCACCGUCUUUACAUACCUCGACAACGAGAUUUCUCCUGUUAUACAUUCCAUUUAGAGUUGUUUGUCGUUGCACAACUCCUAGCAUAUAUCGUGCUUCUUGUUCAAAUUCAUGUAUCUUUGAGGGAUCUGUUACAUUCUUUAAUUCUUUAAACCUGUCUCUGGUACGACGGAGCGUAUAUUCACGGUAAGUAUAGGGGAACAAUUUUGCCGUUCUCAUCAAAUCCCUAUAUAAAUGAACAAAAGUUUGUCGAUUGGAAGCCAUUUUGUUGAUAAAAUUUGUUUGCUUUCGUUAUGCGGGAGUUGCGGUGUUCAUAUAGUUGUAGCUUAAUAAUAGGCAUAGGUUCUCUCCACCAUCCAUAUGAUGAAAUGAAGAUGAGUUGGAAAAUAAAGAUUUUUUUAUAAAAUAAUAGUCAAUUACUGAUCAAUUAUUUUAACAAGGUGAAAGUAAAUAGUCGUUGCUGCUGCAAAUAACUCAUGUCUUGGAAAUGAACUUCUUCUACAAAUAUUUGCUCUUUGUAGCCAUCAUAAGUGUUUUUGUGUUUAUUCUGCUUUUCGGACAGCUUCGAGGAUUUCGACAUACAUUCAUUGGGAAGGUAAACCGACUGUUUUUGGUAUGGCUUCCAAGACAACUAUCCCAGGUGGAUCAAAAAUGGCUUCACGGUAGGGGUAGUAUAUACUAUCGUAAACUUUCUAAUUAUAUAUUCUUUCAAAAGCAUUCUCUUGUUGUUCUUUUCUAUUUAUGUUUGAUUACUAUUUGUAUCUUCAACUUCUUAUACCAUGGGCGUACUUUAACGAAUCACUUUCAUACAUUGGACUGGUUAAGUAUAUUUAUUUCCAUAAGUUUACCUUAUAUUUCCCUUUAUACGGCAAUGUAUUCGGAUCCAGGCGUGGUCACAAGUGAUAAUUGGCAAGAAGCUUCAGUUGCUUACCCUUAUGACUUUAAGAUUUUUUUCCCGCAUAUAUGUGAAACAUGCAAAUUUGUUAAGCCAGCUAGGUCUAAACAUUGCCGCUUAUGCAACUGUUGUGUCCAAAAGUUUGAUCAUCAUUGCAUUUGGAUUAACAACUGCGUUGGACGCAACAACAUUCGCUAUUUCUUUCUAUUUUUAUUUUCAACAUUACAGUUGCUGUUGCAUUCUAUCCUUCGGAUUGGUACACAUCUGAAUCAUGUACGGGAUUCUCGUCUAAACUCUUAUUUGGUCUCUUGGUGGACCGCUAUCACCAAUGAGAGGGAACUUGGUUCCAUAUUUUUAAUUUCACUAUUUAGUAGUGUAAUCGUGUUUUCGUUCUUGUGUUAUGAGUUUUAUUUGGUGUAUGCUGGAUAUACUACAAGCGAAAGUGAAAAAUGGGCAGAUUUGAACGAGCUUAUUCAGCAGUCCAGAAUCUUUAUGCACUACAGAAAUGGAAUUCAAAAGUUAACCCUCCAAGAAGACGCUCCCCCCGAUGCUACUUUAACCCACUCACUUGCUCAGGUUGAGAACAUUUACGAUCGAGGAUUCUUGAACAAUUUCAAGUCUAUAUGGUUUCCAUAAAAGGUUGCACAUGCCUACAUUAUGCAUUUUCUAUAAAAAGAUCAAUAAUGAGCUGUUCAUAUAUCAAAAAGUAUAUUAAAACCAUGUAACCUUUUCUAUUAUUCUAAAAUUUCUUUGAUUUCAGGAAUGACUGUUAAACCUGUUUCAUCUUGUUCAGGUAAAAUAUCUGUCGAGAAAGUAUUAGGUUCAUUUGAAUAAUCGAUUUCGUCAAGAAUAUCACAUAAAACGUCUUCCGCAAUUUGUUCAUUAUAUCUUUCUGAGACUGGUCGGACAUUGGAUCCCAACGCAGACGGGCGAUGUGAAAAUUGAGGACCAAAUUGAAAUCUAGCAAUUCCUCCUCCAAACAUGCUAAUGGCAGGAUAAUAACCCAAGGAACCGUCAUUAAAUGAAUAUUGAUUAGAGUUUAUAGAAUGAAGGGGAUUGAAGUCUAGCAAAUUCUCAAAAGCUGUUCCCAUAUACGAGCCAUUUUUGUAUACUUUAAUAUAUGAACCAGGUAAAUAUGCCAAAUCCAUGUACUUGAUUUGUUCAUUUGGU